UACAGUUCGACACGGAACCAAGAACAGUAGUGCGACUCCUUUAAGAAGCCGCUUUAAUAAACAAUGAACAUCUCAUAUUGACAGCAUGACAUCACCGCUGUUUUUCCCAGACAGAGGCACCAUGCACGGAGGAUGUUGGGACCAUAUUGUCCGAGGAGGAGGAUGCACCAUCCGCCAAAUGUUCUAAUAUCGAUACACUCAUUUAAACGCGAAUCGUUUGAGAUGCGGUGCACGGUUUGAUAUUUCCAGCACUGACCAUUUAUAAAUGUGUGUCGCUGUUAAAUAGGAAUAUUUGGCAGUGCAUAUCCUGUAUAGUGUAUCGUACAGUGACUGCAAACGCAAAAUGGGCAGGAGGUGCAUUAUUGGAGUGGAGUGAAAACGUUUUAUCGGCUUUAAUUGGGGCUUGGUUCGCGUGAACGAGGACUGGACAGGAACGUCUCGUCUGGUUUCAUUCACUGGAAUUGAAAGGGAUUGCUACGGAUGGACGUUAAAUAAGGUUUAUAUUUGCUGGGCUUCAUCUCGAGCUCUCAAAAACAAAUUCCACUGCACCGACUGACGUCCGUUCUCUCUGUCCGCGUGCCCGGCGGGAUGCGGGUGCACGUCAAGGAGCUCUCCAAGCUGUUGUGGUGCUGACGCGGCUCUGAGCGAACGCGAGCAUGGCUGCUGGGAAGUUGCUGCUCUACGCCGGUCUGUCUCUGUCCCUCUGCGCGCUCGGGAUGCUGGCCGUGGCUAUCUGCUCCGACCACUGGUACGAGACGGACGCCCGGAGGUACCGUGAGCGGUGCCGAAGUUUCUCCAGUCGCCGGAAGGACCCGGGCUUUAUUUACAUCCCCAACAACAGCCUCCCUCUGCGGGCGAGCCGCUCGCGCCUGGACCGCUGGGAGGAAAAGCUGCUGCUUGCGCGGAACAGAAGGCAGCUGUUCGCCAUGAGCGCCGCCGAUGAGUGCACCAGGCAGUAUAACUCCACCAACAUGGGCCUGUGGAGCAGAUGCCAUCGGCUUGGAUUUGAUCAAGAUAUAGAGGACCUCAUUCGAAAAGGGUCCAUUGCAAGAUGCUCCUAUAUCAAGUACCACUACUCCUCGGCCACAAUACCCAAGAAUCUCUCUUACAACAUCACCAAGACCAUACGUCAGGAUGAGUGGCACUCUCUGCAUCUGCGGAGGAUGACGGCAGGAUUUAUGGGAAUGGCGGUGGCCAUCAUCCUCUUCGGCUGGAUCAUAGGGAUGCUGGGAUGCUGCUGGGACCGUGGCCUCAUGCAGUAUGUGGCAGGUCUGCUCUUCCUCAUGGGUGGCACAUUUUGCAUCAUUUCCUUGUGCACCUGUGUAGCAGGCAUCAACUUUGAACUGUCCCGUUACCCUCGCUACAUGUACGGCCUCCCAGAUGACAUCAGUCACGGUUACGGAUGGUCAAUGUUCUGCGCCUGGGGUGGUUUGGGCCUGUCCCUCAUCGCCGGCUUCUUCUGCACGCUGGCGCCCUCCAUACAGCCAAUCCCUCGCUCCACGUGCCCCAAAUCCCGCCAAGAAAAUGGCACAGUGUGUUAAGGGAUGGCCUCUAAAAAUCCCCGAGCCCUACGUGUGCAGCUGGACAAUGGGGGACAAAACACAUAAAAAAAAUCAUGUUCAUUUAGAAUCAUUUCUAAUCUCACCAACCAGGCCAUUUUUUAACCACGUGUGUGAAUCUACAAUUGAGUGUCCUGAUCGUUUAAAUUAAAAAAAAAAACAAAAAAAAAAACAAACAAAAAACAAUUAAUAUCAGUGGGACUUUCCAUUGUCGAUCCUGCACAGAAAAACGUUUGUUCUGUCAAAGUUGUGACUUUCGUGAUCACAAGAAAACGGUGACGAAUGAAGCAAAAAAACUGACAGCAUUGCUUAUUCCAAUGCCGCAAGGAUUGAUAUUGACAUGUAGGCUGACGCCUAAAAACUGCCAAACCUGGAGUCUACUGUAUUUGUAUCUGGACGGCACCACAUGCAAGUAUGGAGGUCCAGUGCCAAUGUUUGAAGCCCAGGAGUUCAGACGAAUCAGGAGCACCAGGGCCAAGCUUCUUUCAAAUGAGUGGACAACAACUUUGAUGCAGUUUGGAUCUGUUGUGUCUAAACUUGCUGAUUUGUCGCGGACCCUGAGACUAUCGCAAUGCUUCUUAGGAAUGUGGUUAAAGGAUCCGCUCGUGCAUAAAUUAGGAAGAUUUUGGGAAUUGGAGAUGCCUGCUCAUGACGUUAUGUUGCUAUUGCUCUACAGCAAAUUGUAAAGAGAAAAUAAUACCUAUAAUAUUCCAGAAGAGAGAGAGAGA